AUUUUAAAAAAGAAAAAAAGAGCACAACUCAUCGGGUCCCAGUGUCAAAACUUAUCUCUUUUCUUCUCAAAACAAUAUCGAACUCUGUGUAUCUAAUUCAAUAAUGGCAGCACCUGUGCCGUAUCGGAUCCAUCAAACAAAGUCAAUGCCCAAUUUCCCUCCAAAUGUCUACUAUCGAGAUACCUAUGGAUUUGAUGAUCGGCCCAGUGAAUCGGAUAACGAUAGUAUAACCACUAAAUCAACAGUAACAGUCCGUACGACAUAUAACAUAAACCCGGGAGGUGGUAAUGGUGGAAUGGCGAUUAAUCCGACAUAUCAACAUAUUCAUAAUCGAAAUAUGAACACUGGAGGAGAUCCAUCGAAAAUGGUGAACUACUCACAUGUUUCAAAUUCUUUUCAUGUGGAACAACUAGUCACAUCAAAAAUUCUCACCCCAAAUCCAAGGACUAUUUUAAUUUGUGUUCUGAUUGCAGCAGCCAGUGCUAUUCAAUUACUAAUAUUCUCAAUGAUUGCUGUAUUCUACGAUGGACCAUUCCCCUGGUCACUGAUACUCUGUAUUCUGAUGUUAUGUAAUUGUCUAGUUGUAUUCAUAUUUAUUAGAUGUCAACCUACAAGAGGUUGGCUGAUAUCCAGUCUGAUAGCUGCUGCAUUGUCAUUUAUCGAAUGUACGGCGCUAUUUUUCUGGACAGCAUUGCUUAUCAGUCAAGAAGAAAAGUAUCUGGAAAGUGUAGGAAUACACGAUAAUCGGAUAGUGACAAGUACAAGAAUAGCAAUGUACAUGUGUCAAAUGUUAUUUGGGCCCAUACAUUUAAUAGCAUGUGGCCUUAUUAUUUGGAAGCUACGAACACAGCUAUCACCAUCUGAUGAGGUGGUUAAUGGGUAUUUCUUGAGUGAACCAGAACUUGGUCACCAGAAAAUCCUAGUACCAAUCGAACUUCGACAAAUCAGAGAUCAAAGUGACGAUGAGACAAGCAAUGCUUCAAUUGGAGUGCAAACGGGUGGAUCAAGAAAUAAUUAAUCUUCAAAAGCGAUUUUUAUCCGAAAAGUCUUUCAUGAUUUCACUUAUUGACAACCAGUUGAUGUAACUAUAAACAUUUGUGAAUUUUA